ACAAAAUAAUAAGAAUAAUAAUAAAUAUAUUUAAAUAAUAAAAAGGCGUCCUUCUGGUUGUCAGUGAGGUUGGAGUGGUUCUGUUCUGCGCUCUAUUCCGAUGCAACCAUCUAACCCACCUUCCCAACCAACCUGUCUCAACCCUAAUGACCUUUACCAAUCCCUGUCUCAGCGACCAUCCGCAAGUCCAAACUCUGCUUUCAUUAUAUAUAGCUCCAGCUCCAGCUCCAGCUCCAACUCCAACUUCUCCCACUCCCACUCCCCCACUUUGAGCUGCUCCUCAAAUUCAAAUCUUUCUUUCAGCUCAAUCUCUCAAAAAGAAAAAGAAAAGAAAAAGUAGAACUUGUGGAUUUCCCACUUCUCGAAUCACACAACGCACUUUGGGUUCUGUAGUCUUUUUUAUAGGUAAUUUCAUUUUGGUCUUUGAUUUUGUUUCUGUUAGAUCAGUGAUAGAACAACGAUGAAACUCCCAUUUUUCCACCAAAUCCUACCUUCAUAUUUGAUUCUGGUUUUCAUUUCAUAGCCCCAGUUUCAGACUCUCUAUUUCAUCUCCAAGAUCAAGAUCUGUUACCCCCACACACUCCUUUUAUUCUCACUGCCACUCGAGCUGCUCCUCAAUGUUAAAUCUAGCUCAUUAUCUGUAACAAUCUUGAAAAUCCCACUUCUGAGCCAAACCCCACGUUCGUAUUACACUUUCUUUUGCAUUUCAUGAUCCCUUCCCUUGAGAACUCCCUCCCCAGAUCCAUAUCUGCACCGUUCUCUCUCUUCGGAUGCCCAAAACUAUUUGUCAGCGAAGAUGGAUCUGACCCACGUACCUUCAAGAUCCCGACAAGCCAUUACUUGUGGCCAUCUCUAGCGAAACCCGUCAACCGUUCCGGCGAUUUGGUAAAGCCAAUGAAACGGUCAGUUCGCCCGCUAUUCAGCCUUUUUCUGCUCAUCGUCUUCGCCGCCACCGUGAGCUUCCGCACAUUGAUCCGCCGCAGUGUGGGCUCGGGCAGUAUUGAGGUUGACCCGAUCAAUGUGCUGGCGCAGACGCCGCCGCCAAUGCCGGUCUUCAACUCCACGUUGCUCCAAUACGCCGCGAUGGACAUCGGUGGAGCACGAGCAAAGAAAGAGAUAGCGCAGUUGUUGGAUGGAAACUUUGGUGGGCAGGGAAAGUACAGGACCUUCGCAACUUGGCGGAGGUUCAAUCACCACGAGGUGAAAGAGAGGUCUUCGAUUGGAUUGCCGUUGGGGCUGCGGUCGCCGCAGUUUUAUCGGUAUUGGUUGGAUUUCAGGCGAUUAUUGGAUGAAUGGGCUCGAAAGAAGGCAUUUUUCCAGCCAGAAGUCAUGUCGGAGUUGAUAAGACUAGUGAAGCAUCCCAUCGACAGGCACAACGGGUUGUUAGGUUCUGACCGCCGGUACUCGUCGUGUGCGGUCGUGGGGAACAGUGGGAUUUUGCUGAAUAGUGAUAAAGGGGAACUGGUCGAUAGCCACGAGAUUGUGAUAAGAUUGAACAAUGCGAGAACCAAUGGUUUUGAGCGCGAUGUGGGUUCGAAAACCAAUAUUUCGUUUGUAAAUAGCAACAUUUUGCAUUUUUGCGUGAGAAGACAAGGUUGUUUUUGCCAUCCCUAUGGGAUAAAUGUGCCGAUCGUAAUGUACAUUUGCCAACCGGUGCAUAUUUUGGACUACACCUUCUGCAAUUCGUCCCACAAAGCGCCUUUGUUCGUCACCGAUCCACGAUUUGAUGUGUUGUGUGCUAGGAUUGUCAAGUAUUACUCGUUGAAAAGAUUUGCAGAGGUGACGGGAAAGCCAUUGGAAGAAUGGGGGGCUGCACAUGAUGGUGCUAAUUUCCAUUACUCUUCUGGUAUGCAGGCUGUGAUGCUGGCUUUGGGAGUUUGUGAUGAAGUCAGUAUUUUUGGGUUUGGGAAAUCGGCUUCGGCUAAGCAUCACUAUCAUACUAAUCAGAAAAUAGAGCUUGCAUUACAUGACUAUGAGGCAGAGUAUGCCUUCUAUCGAGAUGUGGUUGAGAAGCCGUGGCAAGUACCCUUCAUUUCUGGCAAUUUCAAGAUUCCUCCUACGGACUGUGUUUACUUGUCUCUAAUUGUUCAAACUUUUCGGACACAAAAGUUGUACCAAUUACUUUGGUAAUUUCACUUUUCACCCUGCUUUCCGUUUUGUUUCCCACCCUAAACUACAAAAGGCUUCAAAUUGCAUCAUAGACUAUUUAUGUUUCUCAAUUUGUUCCCUAUGCCAAGAUCCGAGUGUUACACAAUCUUAACUGUUAAAAGGUUUC